GCGGACGUCAGCGCGACGUGUGUUGGUGGAUUGUACUAGGGUUUACGGUGAAUUUCCAUUUUCGCGACUAGUUCCAGCAAAAUUCACUCCGCUCAAACCCCAAUAUCUUGAGAACCAACGAAGCGAUUUCGAAAAAUCGAGUCUCUCUUUGAACAUGGAAGAAAAAUCUUGAAAACAAAAGAAAAAAUUUUUGAUUUCACUCAGCGGACCGGGAGUUAUGCGCCUUUGAAGAAUGCAUUCCAGUUUUCAGAGCGAUGAGACCGUGGUUUCUUUGAUCUGUGAUAUCUCGUGAGCUGACGAUGCGAUUUUGAAAAAUCAAAUUUUGAUUUGAAGGCGGAAAAACGGUCUUUGGAACGGAAGAAGAAUUUUUUAAUUCCACUCAGCGGAUCUUGAGGAAUUCGCGAUUGAAGGCGGCCUGUUUCACCUUCUCGAGUUUAAUUGUUAGAACUCUGUGUGUGUGCGUGUGUGUGUGAGGCAUUGUCCAUGACAAUUAUAACCGUGAAAUUGUGGGAAUGACCCACGUUUUCUCCAACGCGUCUGCAACACCUAGUAUUUCGGCUCUGCCAUAUGUAGAGGAGAUAAAGAAUGAGAAUAAAUUGGAGUUGUCGAACUGCCAGGUGAACAAUUGUUGAGAGUUUACGACUGUUUUGUAUUUGUGUUCGUGGGGAGGUUCUAGGGGUGAUUGACAGUAUUUAUUCGGGGAAAGACUCGAUCGGGGGGGACAUGGAGCCGGUGACAGCUAGGGACGAGGUGAUUGUCAACGGGGAUGGAGAGGCCGAUGUCAUUACCCCGUGGAGUGUGCAGAGCAAAAGUGACACUGGAGUCGAUUAUGAUAAACUUAUCAAAAAAUUCGGCAGUUCGAGUAUCGACGAGGACCUCCUCCAGCGUUUCGAGAAGGUGACAGGUCGCCCUCCCCACCACUUCCUCCGCCGAGGUAUCUUCUUCUCCCACCGUGACAUGCACACAGCGCUGAACCUCUACGAGUCAGGCAAGCCCUUCUACCUGUACACAGGGAGAGGGCCGAGCUCCGACGCGAUGCACCUGGGCCACCUGAUCUCCUUCCUCUUCUGCAAGUGGCUGCAGGACGUCUUCGACGUACCCCUGGUGAUCCAGCUGACGGACGACGAGAAAGCCAUCUGGAAGGACCUGGACAUCGACGAGGCGAUCAAGCUGGCCCACGAGAACGCCAAGGACAUAAUCGCCUGCGGCUUCAACCCCGCCAAGACCUUCAUCUUCUCAAACCUCGAGCACAUCGGCAACAACCCCGAGUUCUACAAGAACAUGAUAAGAAUCCAGAAGCGAGUGACGUUCAACCAGGUGAAAGGGAUCUUCGGUUUUGGGGACAGCGACCCCAUCGGCAAGAUAUCCUUCCCCCCGACGCAGGCAGCCCCAGCCCUGUCCACGACAUUUCCCUUCAUCUUCAAGGGGGCCAAGGUCCAGUGCCUCAUCCCCUGCGGCAUCGACCAGGACCCCUAUUUCCGCAUGACGAGGGACAUCGCCCCGAAAUUGGGACUCCCUAAGCCAGCUCUACUGCACUCAAUCUUCUUCCCAGCUCUCCAGGGCUCCAGGACCAAGAUGUCGGCCAGCGACACCAACUCUGCGAUCUUCCUGACGGACUCGGCGAAGCAGAUCAAGAACAAGGUCAAUAAGAACGCCUUCUCCGGGGGACAGGCCACCGUGGAGGAGCACAGGAGGCUCGGGGGCAACUGCGAGAUUGACACGUCGUAUCAGUGGCUGAGGUUCUUCCUGGAUGACGAUGAGAAGCUGGAGACGCUGAGGAAGAAUUAUACGAGCGGAGAACUACUCACUGGAGAGCUCAAGAAGGAGUUGAUAGAGGUCCUGCAGAAGCUCGUGGCCGAGCACCAGGCGAGGAGGAGUCAAGUGACGGACGAGGUUGUUAGGAAGUACAUGGUGCCUCGUGAUUUAGGCUUUGUACUGAAUAAGUAGGAACAAAUACGUUGACAUGUGAAUUAUUCGAACUGGAAUUGAAUACUACUAUGGCACGAUUAUGUACAUGGGGAGGGGGGAUAUUUAAUAGAAGUAUUGAAUUUUACACGACUUGUUAGAUAUGCAAUUCUCAUGAUUUUACCUUUUACGUUUGGACUUCUGUCGCCCACCAAAAUCACGCAAUUCUAUUUUGAAAUGGUUAAUGAAUUGAAAUAAAAACUGCAGCCACCAAACUUGUA